ACCAACACGCGCUCAUCUCUAACUUAUGUAUUCUCUGAUACUUCGUUUGUGAAAACAACAACGAUUUACAAUAACGAUUUGAUUAAAAGCUGAUGUUAACGUUUUUAGUAAGUGAAACAUGUCAGUUUGCCAAGACGAUCCCUGGCAAGUGACAAACAAUAGCAUCAAACAAGGAGAAAACGGAAAUAGCAAAGUGAUUGAAAAAUUUGAGGAUAAUUUCGCAACUACCAUAAAUAAAGGAGACACCAAAAUACGGACGGAUUUCGACGUAAGCAUAAAGGAGAGUAAUGUUACAGGCUCACAACCAAUUGAGCCGCUGCCAGAUUCGGCAAACUACUUGCAAUUGUUAGAGCGAAAACUGCAGAAAGUUCAAAGGGGAACAAAACUGUUGGACUCGCUGCAGGCGAAGAAGCAGGAUUGCAUGCGCUCGCUUCUAGCCUCAAGCGUUGUGCCAGAGCCAACUUUUGAGCAAUUGCUUGAAUUUGAUACGCCCAUCGAAAGCGGUCGACUGCACCGUCAUCUGCUGCCCGUUCAGGCGGUAACAGUAGGCGAAACAUUGCAGAUUGUUAAGUACGACGAGCUCGAGGUAGAUGAGGAGCAUCAAACCGAGCAGGAAGAGCAAAACUAAUAUAUAUAUAUACAAU